AUGGUAUGGGAAGAAGAAAAAGGUGUAUAUCCACCAAAGAAUAAACUUAAAUAUACUCAGCACCCUGCAAAGUACCCUAUACCCCAUAAUUAUGUUGUUCGAACUAUGUAUUCAAAAAAAAUAUAUAUUGUUGAGUGCUUGAUAGUUUAUAUUGAUGAUAAACCAUUAUAUCAAAUAUACUUUGGAGAGUAUUUAGACAAGCUUCGCAAACACAUAUUAGGUUUAGGAAAACGGUUACUAGAAUUUGUAGAAGAAGAAAAAGAGAAUUUUUUUCAUCCAAAUGAUAGCAUCGUUCUUAAACAAGCAAAGUUUGAAAUCAGUGGUCAUACAUAUAAUAUCAAUUAUGGAAAAAUCGAUAAACAACAAAUAGAAUUACAAACACAAGCUAUUGUAAAGUCAAUUGAUCAUAAUCGAAUUUCUCAGGAAGCAUAUAGGUCUUUGGCUAGACUUGAUGAAACGCUAAUUAGAGCUGGAGCA